GUAGAUCCGAGCCAAGUCGGUAGUAGGCGUUUGUCAAGCCAGUUCAUUUUUAAUGUUCCACAGCUUCAUUCUACGGUUCCGUUUAUGAAAGCGCACGAAGUCGGUAACGCGCUGAAGCUUUAGCAUGUCUGGUAUCCCGUAAGUUGCGAACUGCGUAAUCUUCGUUCGCCUGUGGACGUAGACCUUUAUUGUGCUUGUGUCAAGUUCGGUAUGCUAUCGUUAUGUUUCUGAGCGGUGGCGGUUCUUUCCUGGUAACCGAGUGCGCAUGUAGUUUCGGUUUUGAAGCGACUGAUUUUCAGCGACACUAAAGCUCCUCUAUUCGUGUGUGGAGGCGACACAGCUGACCUACCUGUCUCUGUGGGAAGCGAUCUUUUGCAGAAAUGAACGCGUCUGCCUACGCCUGCACACCGUGCGGGAAAACGUUCACGGGGCCAGAGCCGUACAACCAACACAUAGCGUCGGAGAAGCACAAGAAAAAAAUUCAAAGUGGGCCUGUCUUCCUGUCGAGCCUUGUGUGCGAGCCAUGCCAGAUGAGCUUCACGGGACCUGCUCCAAUGCGAGAUCAUAUGGCAAGUCCGAGCCAUGCCAAAGCCAUGGCAAAGCACCAGGUGUUGAGGGGGCAGGCGCUGCUGACUUCAGCGGUGGAGACAACGUCCAUUAGGCUAGCCAGUUCCAGUGGCAACAAAAGCAGUUACCUGCAGUGUGAGGUAUGCAAAAUCCCAAGUUUUCCAUGCGCCAAGGAUGCCUUUGACCACUACGAGUCGGACGAGCACAGGAACCGCAAGCAAGCUGUGCAGUUAGGCAUCGAACCGUCAACUUACCGCCCCGUCGGAUUUGUCCAGUCUUCCGCCGUUAACACUCAAAUGGUCGAAAUACCAACGAAAUUACCCACAUCAGUGCUGGUCUGCAAAGCAGAGGAAAGUUUUGAGGAUUUCUGUAGGAGAAAUAACCUCUUGUUUCUCGUGUGACGUUACACCAAGCAAUAGCUGAGAUCAGCUGGCUCAUUCUUUUGGUUUGUUGUUUGUCUGUUUUUAUGAUGCACACUUCAACAGAUAGCCGUUUUACCUCACUGCCACUUGGGCAACGAGCCUGUGGUUGGACUCAACAAGCGUUGCUUAAACGUGGUAUGAGCGCAUGUGAGUGGUAAAGUAUAUAUAAUGUGCACAUUGUUUGUUGUGUACCCAGGACUCACUUGACACUGGCAAAGUUGUACGUUAUCGCUACUUCACGCUGUCUCUGUCAUUUGGGCUUGUAACACUGAAGAUGUUAUAAAUAAUUAUGCAAAGUUGUUUUAUUAGGAUAGAUCAGUUUUUGUUUACUCUGUUCACGCUUCGGAAAGGGGCAUGUACAGCAACAUUUUCAGUGAGUCUCAGUGGCUUAUAAUUACUUUCAUACUCGCCAACUCUCCUGAAUCUUUCGUAAGGUGUAGAAAUUUGGGCUCGUUCUACAGUUUUACAAAUUUUGCGUCGGGCAUUAAGAAAAACAUUCUGUCUGUAAAAUGGCUUUAAAGGCAUUGAAGGAUGCGGCGGUGUAAGGUUGCAAAAAAUAUGCAUUAAAAGAUUUGUGAUGAUA